GUGGUUUCCCCAACCCGGAAGCGGAGCUGCCCAGAAGCUGCCCGGCCGAGGGAUGCCCAGGCUCCGCCUCCCGGGGCUCCUCCUCCUCCUCCGCGGUCUCCUCGGGGCUGUGCCGGGAGGGUGGGCAGGAAGCUGGGCAGAGAUGCUCUGAUGGUCCCGGGCGGGCGGCAGCGGAGGCGGCGGGAGGAUGACCUCUCCUCGGGAGCGGGCUGCGGAGCUGGCGCGUUUCUACACGGUCACCGAGCCCCAGCGGCAUCCGAGGGGGUACACGGUGUAUAAAGUGACCGCCCGGAUUGUUUCAAGAAGAAAUCCAGAGGAUGUCCAGGAGAUAGUCGUUUGGAAGAGAUACAGUGAUUUUAAGAAACUGCACAAAGACCUCUGGCAAAUUCACAAAAACUUAUUCAGGCAUACAGAAUUAUUUCCACCUUUUGCUAAGGCAAUAGUCUUUGGGCGAUUUGAUGAAACAGUGAUUGAAGAGAGAAGACAGUGUGCUGAAGAUCUCUUACAGUUCUCUGCCAAUAUCCCAGCUCUUUAUUCUAGUAAACAUCUUGAAGAUUUUUUUAAGGGUGGAGAAGUUCAUGAUGGUUCUGAAUUAAUUGGCCCUGCUGAACCUUACACAGAUUCCCUCAUUGACAGUUUUUCUGACUGUAGUACUGAAGUUCGAAAAGAUUUGAGUAGUCUUGAUGAUGUGACACUUACCAGCCAAUCAGAAGGUGGAGGUUUCUCCAGUGACAGUGAUCUGAUCUCCCUGACUGUUGAUGUGGACUCCCUUGCUGAAUUAGAUGAUGGAAUGGCAUCCAAUCAAAAUUCUCCCAGUAGGACUUUUGGUCUCAGUCUUUCUCCAGAACCUUCAGCACUAGCUGCUGUUGCUUCUGAUAAAGAAAGAAGUAAAACAGAGGAAGAGAGGGAAAAUCGUGGUCUCUUUGCUGGAAGCCUAAAAUCCAGGCUUGGCAAAAAAGAUUAUUUGGAGAAGGCAGGUGAAUUAAUAAAGCAGGCUUUAAAGAAGGAGGAAGAGGAAGACUAUGAAGCUGCUUCUAGUUUUUAUAAGAGAGGAGUUGACCUACUCUUGGAAGGUGUUCAAGGUGAGUCAAGCCCCACUCGUCGAGAAGCAGUGAAGAAACGGACAGCAGAGUAUCUAAUGCGUGCUGAGCAGCUCUCUAGUUUUUAUUUAAAACCACAUCUUGGUGAUGGAGCAUCAUCCCAGCCUCCAGGAUCACUAAGUUCAAGGCCCUCUUGGAACCUAAGGAGCCCUGCCGAGGAACUGAAGGCCUUCAGAGUCCUUGGGGUGAUUGACAAGGUUUUACUUGUAAUGGACACAAGGACGCAACAGACAUUCAUUUUAAAAGGUCUAAGGAAAAGCAGUGAGUACAGCAGGAACAGAAAGACCAUCAUCCCCCGCUGUGUGCCCAACAUGGUGUGUCUGCACAAGUACAUCAUCUCUGAGGAGUCUGUGUUUCUUGUUCUGCAGCAUGCAGAAGGUGGAAAAUUGUGGUCCUACAUUAGUAGAUUCUUAAAUAGGAGCUCAGAAGAAAGCCUUGAUAUUCAGGAAGUCAAAAAGUCUACCCUGGCUGAAGUUCACUUGCAGCAGCCAACUCCUAGUCCUAAGGACAGCAGCAGCUUGGAGUCCAGAGGAAGUGAUGGUGGCAGCAUGCUCAAAGUUCUGCAUCUGAAGACUAGUCUCACCCCAAGUUCCCAAGAGGACAGCAGCAACCAGGAAGAAGAUGGCCAAGAUGGCUCUCCCAAAUGGCCAGAUUCUGGCUCCAGUUCAGAAGAAGAGUGCACUACUAGUUAUUUAACAUUAUGCAAUGAAUAUGGGCAAGAAAAAAUUGAACCUGGGUCCUUGAAUGAGGAGCCCUUGAUGAAGAUUAAGGGAAAUGGUGUCAGAACCAAAGCUACAGGAAGCUUCCCAGCUCAUGUUGCUCCCAGCAGUGAUAGCCUCAGCUCUCAGCUCACUUCUCAGGAACUAAAAUUUUUCAUCGAAGAUGCCAACCGUGAAGUAGCUAGUCCACCAAGAAUAUCAGAUUCUCUUAGUAGAUCAAAGAAUAGCCCUAUGGCAUUCUUUAGGAUAGACAGUAAAGAUAGCACUAACGAACUACUUGGACUUGAUUUUGGUGAAAAGUUAUAUAGUUUGAAGUCAGAACCCUUGAAGCCAUUUUUUGCCCUUCAAGAUCAGGACAGCAGUUCUGGGAGUCUUGAUGCUAGUGAAACUAGAUUGGGGUUAAGAGCUCAGGACACCAUCAGCAGGGGUUCAAAUGACUCUGUCCCUGUUAUUUCUUUUAAAGAUGCUGCUUUUGAUGAUGUAAGUAGUACUGACGAAGGAAGGCCCGAUCUUCUUGUCAAUCUGCCUGGUGUGUUGGAGCCGACAAAAGAAGCCGCGACUGAGGGGCCUGCUCAGUUGACACAGACUAAUAUAGGCAUCUUAGAAAGUAAACUUUUAGAAGCUCCUGAUGUUUUAUGCCUCAGUCUUAGCACAGAGCCAUGCCAAGGGCUUCAAGAAAAGGACACAGAGGCAUCGAAUGAUCCCUGUAGUCACCAAUUCCACAGUAUAGAAGAAAAACACUAUGCACAGGAGGGUACUAGGGCAUUACUUAUAGCUGCUGUUGAUCAAACCAGUUCAGGAGACAAGUCUUUGUUACUUAGUUCAGAUGCUGAGUUUAAAGCAUUUGGAAUGGUUGCUCCCACACUGACUGCAAAUAGCACAGAAGAAAGCCUAUUCCUUAUUUCUAAUCCAGUCUCAGGUGCUAAUGAGUACAAUGUAAACUCAGACACUUUAAAAAGAGAAGAAGUAUUGCUGUUUGCAGAUCGAGCUGAAGACCCUGGUAAAGAAGAGCCAACACCUUCUUUAUUCCAGCUAGACCCAAAAGACACCAAGGCUAAGGGUGACAGUGGAUUAACACUAGAAGGAGAGAAGGAAAUACAUCAGAUUUUUGAGGACCUCGAUAAAAAAUUAGCACUAACCUCCAGGUUUUAUAUCCCAGAAGGCUGCAUUCAGAGAUGGGCAGCUGAAAUGGUGGUAGCCCUCGAUGCUUUACAUAGAGAGGGAAUUGUGUGCCGCGAUCUGAACCCAAACAACAUCUUAUUGAAUGAUAGAGGACACAUUCAGCUAACGUAUUUUAGCAGGUGGAGUGAGGUUGAAGAUUCCUGUGACAGCGAUGCCAUAGAGAGAAUGUACUGUGCCCCAGAGGUUGGAGCAAUUACGGAAGAAACCGAAGCCUGUGAUUGGUGGAGCUUGGGUGCUGUCCUCUUUGAACUUCUCACUGGCAAGACUCUGGCUGAGUGCCAUCCUGCAGGGAUAAAUACUCACACUGCUUUGAACUUGCCAGAGUGUAUCUCUGAAGAGGCUCGCUCACUCAUUCAACAGCUCUUGCAGUUCAACCCUGUAGAGCGUCUUGGUGCUGGAGUUGCUGGUGUUGAAGACAUCAAGUCUCAUCCAUUUUUCACCCCUGUGGAUUGGGCAGAACUAAUGAGAUGAAAACAAUCCAAGGGUCAUCUGAACAAUCUCUGGUCCUCUCGGUGACAAGUGUCUCUGGCAAUGCUGACUUGCAGUAAUUUAUAGAGCACCAGAUCAUUUGGACAAAGACAUGUAAAGGAAAUGGGGGAAGAAAAAGGCCAAAAGAGAACAAUUUAAUCUGAAUUACCUAUUAUUUAAUAGGACAUUAGUUGAUUUAUACAGCAAGGGACCAAGGGACUAUUGUAUGUAAACCCUUGACCAAGGUGUGGUCUCUAUUAAAUCUGUGCGUGUUUGUAUGUGUGCAUGCACACUUGUGAGUGUGCAUGUUGCAGAGAAAUUAUAUACUCAAUAGAAAAAGGAAUGCACUUAAAAAUGUACUUCUGAUACAUUAUUGGAAGCACAGAACUUAGUGCCAUGUGUAAGGAAAGCCUUGAAGUGUCAGUUAACACCAUUUUCUUUCAGCUACAACUGGUGGAAAUGAUUAAAUGACUUAAUGUUAUGUGCUGAAUAAGAUACCAGAAGUGCUUUAUGCAUAAUGUCAUAUACAAAGUUUAAAAAGCAAGAACAAAAAGGAAAUGUAUAUUCUCGUGAACUUUUUGAGCACUGCUUGAAUGUAUUUUGAAUGUGGUUACAUAUUGUUUCACACCUUGGGAAACCCAGAUAAGGGAACAAACAACAGUCCAUGAUGCUCUCAAUUUUGCUUUGUGCUUUGUCUGUUUGACAUUGACCAUUUGCAACUUACAUUCAUAUACCCUGUCUUCCUCCAGCCAUCUCCACCCACCACCAAAGCCACUAUUAGUGAUUUGUGUUAAGAGACAUGAUUACGAAAAAGGGAAUAGAGUAAUUUAUUUCCGCAAAUUGUAUCACCUUAAUAAGGACCAAGAAAUCAUGCUAAAUAAAUGUAUUGAUAAAAAUGUAAA